UCCAAGUUAUUAUUAUUAUAUUAUUAUUAUUAUCCAUCCACCCAUCCAUCCAUCCAUUUGUUAGGCUGCUGGGUGUUUCAGUAUGUUACAGACAGCCCGCCUCUCGGCUCACAGCUGCGCGUAACGACCUUUUGGGUUAACUGCAUGUGGAUUACUGGAAAGCAGAGAGGGAUGAGACUACCAGAGAAAAACCCCCUGCUGACUCCUCAUCAUCUGUUACAGACAGUUAAAAGGGACUCCCCCAUCCACAGCAGACCAAAGGGAGUAUCUCUAACCAACACCAGCUUGUUGCUGCAUCUGGAGAUGGAGAGCACAAACUUUACGCACGGAUCUGAUUCCACAAACGGGACGAUGGAGCCUCCAGAGAUCGCUUUACCGAUUCUCAUGUUCGCUGGAGGCGCAGUUGGGAAUUUAAUCGCAAUAAUCGUCCUCUCGGUGUCCAGACAGAAGAGGAAGUCUUCAGCUUUCUACACGCUGGUGUGUGGUCUGGCUGUGACGGACCUGCUGGGCACCUGCCUGGCCAGUCCGAUCACCAUAGCCAACUACCGGGACAAGACGGUGCUGCAAGACGACUACGUGUGCAAGUUCCACUCCUUCUUGUUGCUGUUUUUUGGUUUAACCGGUCUGAGCAUCAUCCUCGCCAUGGCAACGGAGCGAUACCUGGCUAUCUGCUGUCCGUACACCUACGAGAGGUGGAGGGUGGACCGACGCUUUGCGCAGAAGCUCCUGCUCUUCAUCUACAUCUCACACAUCUUCUUCUGCUGCCUGCCGAUGAUGGGUGUGUCCGAGAGUGAGCUGCAGUCGUCACUCACCUGGUGCUUCAUCAAAUGGGGCAGGUUGCACCAGGCUGCUGCCGUCUACUCCGUGCUGUACGGAGCCGUCAGCCUGCUGCUCAUCCUGGGCACCAUGCUGCUGAACCUGGCGGUGUGCGGAGCGCUGCUGCUGAUGCGCCGCCGCCAGAGGAGCACCGUGCAGCUGCCGGGCAGCAGAGCCAGCGUCCGGCAGAGGUGGAGCGCUCUGUCGUCGGCUGCAGAGACGCAGAUGAUCGCGGUGCUGGUGAUGACCUCCGCGGUGGUUCUGGCCUGUUCGGCUCCAUUAGUGGUCUGUGUGUUCGCCAACUGCUUCCUGCUGAAAAAUGACCCCAAUGUUGACCUGGCGGCCAUCCGGAUAGCCGCCGUUAACCCCAUCCUCGACCCCUGGAUCUACAUCCUCCUCAGGAAGUCUCUGUUCCGGCGGUUACUCAAUUUAUCCAGGCGACGCAGCAGCACUCACAGAGGCUCAUCUCCUAAAACACAAAGCAACCUGUUCUAUCCUGAACUCAUGAGGGACAGCCACGUGUUCACCCAGCUGAUGUGCAGCGCCAACUUCAUGACUCAGCUGCCCGCCACCGCCAGGUUCACCCCGCACGACACAGAGAGCCCCCGUCAGACUUAAAACUGACAGAAGAUGUGUUCGACAUCUAUUAAUGUUUGCUGCUCUCUCAGCUUGACGCAGAGACAUCUGUCUCAGAGCUCAGUGGGAUGGAGAGACUGGGACGUCUCUGUGGGCCCGCAGCUGGACAGGAUUGUCGGGGCUCCUGUAGGAUUAUUUAAUAAAUUAAAAUAGACGGCUGCUCUGCGUCUAUGUAGACGUCUGCUGCAGUGACACAGGACAGAUGAGAAAAAACUGUGACUUGGAUGUUAAUACUGAAGUGCAACAAUAAGACAUGACUGAGCCUUUACGUUGUGCCUUUCACUGUCAUCCAGCCUCUCCUCAUACAACCAGUGCUCUGGUUUAAUCCUUCAUCACACCCAUAUAAAGUUCCUCAUCCUCUCUGUUUCUCAUCUCUCAUCACCUCACCCU